UUGACCCCAAAAUCAGCCCUGGGGACCCCCCAGGGACCCCCCAAAAUGAACCAGGGGGAGGGGGGAGCCCCUGCGCUCUCUCUCCUGGGGGAGCCCCCCAAGAAGCUGCAGCUGCCCCUGAGCCCCUUCCUGAACCUGAACCUGAACCUGAACCUGAACUUGAACCAGAACCGGGGCCAGAGAAAAGGUUUUAGGGUCAAACCAGGAGUUUUGGGGCCCCCCAGGAUCCCCCCCAGUGACCCCCUGGAGUUCCCCCAGGAUUUGGGCUCCAGGAUUUUCCCCCAACCCAACCUGGGGAGUUUCAGGCACCAGGUUUCUUCCUCCUGCCCAGGGCUGGACAGGGGGGGUUUGGCCCCCCCAGCCCCCCCUUUAUUCUCAGGCUCCCCCAGUUCCUGUUUCAGCAGCGGCCUCAGGGCAGGGCUGAGGCAGAGCCAGCUCAGCAAGACCAUCUCCAUCCCCCCGAGCUCCGACUCCAUCCUGCCCUUGGCGCCUCCAAAUCCUCACUUGAAGACCAUCUCCAUCCCCCCGAGCUCUGACUCCAUCCUGCCCUUGGCGCCUCCAAAUCCUCACUUGAAGACUCCCCUGGGGGGGCACAAACGAGGAUUUUCUCACCUGCUGCCGUCGCCCGAGCCCAGCCCCGAGGGUUGUUACGUGGGGCAGCAUUCCCAGGGUUUGGGGGGGCACUAUGCUGAUUCCUACCUGAAGAGGAAAAGGAUAUUUUAGGGGAAAAAAAAAAGCACAAAAAAAUCCCAAAAAUUAAAAAAAAAAUCCUCAAAAUGGCAGAAAAAAUCUGAAAAAAAUCGGGGAAAAAUUCGUUUAAAAAAGCCCAAAAAUCGCAGAAAAAUUCCUCAAAAAAUCACAAAAAAAAUCCCCCAAAAUUUGAAAAUAUUCCCCAGAAGGGCAGAAAAAGCCCCAAACUGGGGAAAAAUUUGUUAAAAAAAGCCCAAAAAAUGCAGAAAAAUUCCCAAAAAAAUCCCAAAAAAAUUAAAAAGAAGAUCCCCAAAAGGGCAGAAAACACCCCAAAAAAAUUGGGGGAAAAAAUUGGGAAAAGUUGUUUAAAAAUCGUCCAAAAAAGGUGAAAAACCCCAGAAAAAAUCCCCAAAAAAUCCCAAAAAAUUUAAAAAAAAAGAUCCCUGGAAGGGCAGAAAAACAAAAAACUAAAAAUUGGGGGAAAAAAUUGGGAAAAAUCGUAAAAAAGUACAACCAAAAAACGUAGAAAAAUCCUGAAAAAAUCACCAAAAAAUCCCCAAAAUUUAAAAAAAAAAUUCCCCAGAAGGGCAGAAAAACCUCCAAAAAUGGGGGAAAAAAAAUCAGGAAAAAUUGUUUAAAAAGCACCCAAAAAACACAGAAAUAUUGCCCAAAAAAUCACCAAAAAAUCCCAAAAAUUAAAAAAAAAAAUAGUCCACAACAGGGCAGGAAAAAACUGAAAAAAAAAUGGGAAAAAAUUGGGAAAAAUCGUUUCAAAAUUGCCCAGAAAAGGCAAAAACAACCAGAAAAAUUCCUCAAAAAAACCCCAAAAAAAUUUUAAAAAAUCCCAAAACACUGUGGAAAAAACCCCCAAAAUUUUGUGAAAAAUCGUUUUUAAAAUCCCCCCAAAAAAAUUCGCAAAAAGAAUCCCCGGAAAAGGUAGAAAAAUUCGCAAAAAGUCACAAAA